AUGUCCGCCUUGAGAUGUCCGCUAUGGGUACAGAUUAGUGAAACUGUUUGGGAAAUCGAAGCGCACGAAGAUUUCGAGGAACAAGAAAGCCUUCAGACCAGCCAAGUGGAAAUGGAGAACCGCUACUACGAUGCGAAAUCGUUUCUAGUGGAGAAGACUCAAGCGUUUCAGAGCGAUGCCAAUCAGAACCAAACGCUUCAUCCUGGAGACGACACUCUUCAUGGCGUGAUGGACCACGUUCGGCUGCCUCAAAUCAAGCUACAAUGCUUUGAUGGCAACAUCGAUGACUGGUUAAGUUUCAGGGAUCUCUACACUUCCUUGAUUCACGAGAAACCAGAUCUACCGGCAGUGGAGAAGUUUCACUACCUCAAAGGGUGCCUGGCAGGUGAGGCAAAGGCACUGAUCGAUCCGCUAAAGAUCACAAGAGACAAUUACCAGGUUGCUUGGCAGACGUUGCUAGAACGCUAUAACAACAACAAGCUUCUUAAAAAGAAGCAGGUGCAAGCGAUGAUCAAAUUGCCGUCGCUCAUCAAGGAAUCAGCCACAGAUCUCCACAAAUUGGUUGAUGGAUUCGACCGUGUGAUUCAAACGCUCGACCAAAUUAUCCAGCCAGCGGAUUAUAAAGAUCUGUUGCUGGUGGAACUUCUAAGUUCUCGUCUCGAUCCAACCACACGACGCGGGUGGGAAGAACAUUCGUCUACGAAGCAGCAGGACACUGUGAAGGAUCUGCUGGAAUUUCUACAGCGGAGAAUACAAAUUCUCGAAGCUCUGCCAGCGAAGGUAGAAACGAAGAUCGACCAAUCCCUACUACCGAAACGGAAACCGUUCUCAGCGAAGGUCAGCAACAACGCCGUACAGUCGAACAACGCUAAGUGUCCGUCGUGUUCGGAGAUUCAUGGGCUCCACAUUUGUCCAGCCUUUCUGAAGAUGUCGUUGUCCAGUCGAGAGUCCCUACUGCGGGCUCAAUCGCUCUGCCGCAAUUGCCUCAAACGUGGUCAUCUUGCUCGAGAGUGUGCAUCGAAGUUCUCUUGUCGGUAUUGUAAGGCACGACACCACUCCUUGCUGUGCUUCAAGGCAGGAGACGCCAACGGUAGCCAAGGAUCAUCAGGGAAGGCGAAUCUGGGAGAUAGCGCUAAGCAGGACGGCACAGGUGCGAAUUCGAAGGCAGCGAAUGCCUCAGCGGUUGAAUCUACUUCUUCCAACGCGGCACAGUGCGUCUCAUCUCAGGUUCUCCUAGCUACAGCAGUCGUCGUGAUCGAAGACGACCAAGGUUCUCGCUAUCCAGCACGAGCGCUACUGGAUUCAGGGUCGGAAUGCAACUUCAUCACCGAGAAUCUUUACCAGACGAUGAAGGUAGCGGUUAAAAGGACGGACAUUUUGAUUAUGGGCAUCGGACAAUCCAGCUCUAAGGCAUCUCGCAAGAUCAAGGCAGUCGUCAAGUCUCGAAACUCGUCGUACGCUCGAUCGAUGGAAUUUCUCGUUCUACCGAAGGUCACAGCUUGCCUACCAACCUCUACAGUUCAGGCAAAUGGAUGGGAUAUACCGGUAGACAUCGAAUUAGCGGAUCCAGAGUUUUUCCGGUCAAGAAAGGUCGACUUGGUGUUAGGUAUCCAAGCUUUCUUCAGCUUCUUUCCAACCGGAAGGGAAAUCCAACUUGGAAAGGGUUUACCUGUGCUGACCGAGUCCGUAUUUGGGUGGAUAGUGACAGGCGAAGUCACUACAGCAAGUCAGGGUACCAAGUACACUUGUAAUAUGGCAGUCUCGGACGAUCUGGAGGAACUAAUGGCACGGUUUUGGUCCUGCGAGGAAGUGGGAGCCGUCAGCAAAUUCUCUCCAGAAGAAGCGCACUGCGAGGAGAACUACGAACGAACAGUCAAGCGGGAAUCGGACGGACGGUACACGGUCACCCUCCCCAAGAACUUUGAAGUUUUGGCGGAAAUCGGUGAAUCGAAGGACAUUGCUCUGAGACGGCUGCGAGCGGUAGAACGAAGGUUGUCCAAGGAUGAGCGGCUUCGGAAGCAGUACAGCGACUUCAUGACUGAAUAUCUGGAGCUCGGUCACAUGCGAAUGGUGAAUGACUGCGAGGAGAAUACAGUCAAGCGUUGUUUUCUACCCCACCACCCGGUGAUCAAGGAGUCUAGCACCAAGACCAAGGUGAGAGUGGUCUUCGACGCUUCGUGUAAAACGUCUACGGGUGUAUCACUCAAUGAUGCACUGUAUGCUGGACCAGUUGUUCAGCAAGAUCUCAGGUCGAUCGUUCUCCGUAGUCGGAUUCGUCAGGUGAUGGUUGUAGCUGAUGUGGAAAAAAUGUUUCGGCAGAUCUGGACGAAUUCGGAAGACACUCCUCUACAAUGCGUUUUGUGGACGUCACCAGAUGGGAAGGUUUCCACAUACGAACUUCUAACCGUGACGUACGGCACCAAAUCUGCCCCAUAUCUCGUCACUCGGACCUUGAAACAGCUGGCGUCCGAUGAGCGGGACAGGUUUCCUCUAGCAGCACCAACCAUCGAAGAGGACGUGUAUAUGGACGAUGUUAUCUCUGGAGCAGACGACGUCGAAUCGGCGAUCGAAUUGAGAAGGCAAGUCGACGCAAUGAUGAUCAGCGGUGGAUUCAAACUGCGAAAGUGGGCUUCCAACCGCCCGGAAGUACUACAAGGCAUUCCAAGGGAAAAUCUGGCGUUACCUGAUUCGGACGGCAUUGAUUGGGACCAGGAUGCAGAGGUGAAAGCAUUGGGCUUAACAUGGCUUCCCAACGUAGAUCAAUUCCGUUUCAAGUUCGAAAUUUCUCCAAUCACCGAGCAUCAGAUCCUCACGAAACGACAGGUGCUGUGUUUUAUAGCGAGACUUUUCGACCCACUAGGCCUGCUUGGAGCGACCAUCACUUCUGCGAAGAUCUUCAUGCAGCGGCUUUGGUGUCUGAAGAACGAAGAAGGCCAAAAUCUCCAAUGGGACGACCCACUACCCGAAAUGGUGGGUGAGGAAUGGCGAACCAAGAAACUGCAAUCGAAGAGAAGAGCCGAUGUAAAUAAACUCGCCAGCUAUCACCUCUACCCUCCCCGCAAGAUACCUCUCCCCGCAUCAUCUAACUGCUCAUAUGCUUGUACCUUCCUUAAACUUACCUUGUGGCGAACAUUCCACGAGCAACUUCCUUCACUGAACGAAAUUCGGAUUCCACGAUGCGUCAUAGGUCCAGGCUCACUAUCCGUAGAAUACCACUGUUUCUCGGACGCCUCAACAGUCGCUUACGGCGCGACAAUCUACGUUCGGAGCCAGAGAGACGAUGGCGCAGUUUCGGUUCACCUUUUGACCUCGAAAUCAAAGGUGGCACCGCUCAAGGUGCAGUCUCUACCUCGAUUGGAACUCUGCGGCGCACUUUUGGCAGCACAGCUUUGGGAAAAGGUAACAGAAUCACUGAAAACAGAUGACCGAGUUCAAUUUUGGACGGAUUCGACAUGCGUACUCCAUUGGAUAAGGUCACCACCAGCAACAUGGACAACUUUCGUCGCGAACAGAGUUGCGAAAAUUCAAGGUUUGACGGAAGCAGAUCAAUGGAGACACGUUCCUGGAGUUACAAACCCGGCUGAUCUGAUCUCACGUGGAAUCUCGCCGAACAACAUCCUUGGGAACGAUAUGUGGUGGCAUGGACCUACCUGGCUGCUGCAAAACCCUGAAAGUUGGCCCAAACCCGUGAAAAACACCCCAGAAGAAGAGUUGGAGAAACGACGCAAUGUGGUGGCUUGUGCUUCGUCGAAGGAAUCUGGGUUCAUUUCGGAUUUUUUAGCCAAAUUUUCAUCGUUUACGAGAUUGAUUCGGAUGACCGCAUACUGGUUGCGCUUCCUGAACAACCUACGGUGCUCAGCAGAUGAGAAACGGACAGGAUAUUUAACUAGUAGAGAACUGCAAGCUGCGGAGCAAACGAUUCUCCAGAAGGUCCAGGAAGAGUCGUUCCCGGACGAAAUCAGCAAGUUGUUGGCUGGCACACCUGUGGCUCGGAAUUCUCCUCUGCGAUGGUACAAUCCACAAAUGGACGAAAACGGCAUCCUACGAGUGGGGGGUCGAUUAGCUCAUUCCGAAGAGUCGCCGAGAACGAAGCAUCCGAUUGUUUUACCGGCAAGACACGCUCUCACUGAGUUGAUCCUCCAGCACCAUCAUCAAAUGUACCUCCACGCUGGGCCACAAUUGCUUCUAGGUACGGUUCGGCAACGGUAUUGGCCACUAGGUGGCAGAAACCUGGCGAGAAAGGUCGUCCACCAAUGUCAACGAUGCUUUCGUGCAAAACCGUCAGCAAUGCAGCAACAAAUGGGAGAAUUACCGGCAGCUAGAGUCACCGUUUCGCGUCCUUUCUCGAAAGCUGGUGUCGAUUUCUUCGGGCCUGUGUAUCUGCGAGCUGGUCGUGGACGGACACCGACAAAGGCAUACGUCGCAAUCUUCGUGUGCAUGGCCACGAAGGCCGUGCAUAUGGAACUAGUCUCAGACCUUUCUACGGAGCGGUUUCUACAGGCGUUGAGACGUUUCUUUGCUCGCCGGGGGCGCUGCACCGAUGUUUACUCGGAUAACGGGACGAAUUUUGUGGGAGCAAGAAAUCAAAUCCGAGAGCUGUUCGAUUUGCUGAAAGAGAAGACACAUCGUGAAACUGUUGCAAAGGAAUGUGCAAACGAAGGCAUAUACUGGCACUUCAACCCUCCAAGUGCCCCACGUUUCGGGGGUUUGUGGGAGGCAGCAGUUCGAUCAGCGAAGUUCCAUCUACUACGAGUCGUCGGUAGCAAUCCUGUGCAUCAAGAGGAUUUCGUCACCUUGCUGACAAAGUGGAGGCCUGCAUGA